UCUAAGGACGAAGAAAAAACAAAAUAUGUUUGGCCUGUGGUUAAUGGCGGGAUUUUUGACAAUUAUAAGUUUCCAUAUAUAUUAUAAUUUUCUUUGAUUAUAAGUAACACAGUCAACGAGUUUUAUGAAUGCAAUAUUAUUUAAAAACUAUUAGAAAUGCCAUUUGUUAAGAAUAACGCCUAUCCAAAGUUACCUUUUGCGGAAGAUACAAUACAGAAUGAUUUCUACAUUUAUUAUAAUUUACAAGACUUGAUGUCUGACCGCGAACUGUUUAGCGAAACAACUAAAAGAUGUAGGACUAUCGGUAUACUGCAAAGUAUUAGUGGGAAAUUUUUCUUGACUGACUUAGAUUCACCAUGUGCCCACUCUGAGCAUUUGCUACGAGUGUCUAUGAUAUACUUGAAGUCACCGCCCCAGUCCACAGUAGUGCCAUAUCCGGUGCAAGUGUUUGGUUCUUUGCAGUGGAGGAACAGACCAGUUAUUUAUGCUAAACUACUACAGGUACUAAACCCAUCAAUGGCUAUAAGAUUAAGAGACACUCUCCAAGCAGUCACCAGUAAACAUUUGGCCAGAACAGAUGAGGAAUACCAAGAGCAUACAUGAGUACUCAUAUCAAUCUUUUGUUGUUUGCACAAUAUAUUGUGGUGUAUUAAAUAUUUUGAACAAAGUAAACAAAGGGUAAAUUGAAAAACAAAUAAAAAAGGAUGCAUAUUUAUUAGAUCUUAAAUAAAUACAAUAACAAUAGUGACAAUUUUUAUAACAUUCCAUCACCACAGAGCACUGCAUUAUAAAAAAUAUAUUGGCAAUUAAACACGCACAGCAUUGAGUCCAUACUAA